AUGACUCACUUCCGGCCGCCGCCACCACGGAGAAGGACGCCGGUGACAGGAGGAGCGGGCGCAGUGGACGCGAAGAAGCUGCUCGUGGGCGUGGGAUGCAUGGGGGACCUCCCGGGCCUCGCGGCCAUCGGCAGCGGCUACGGCGGGGGCUUCGGUAACAACGUAGCCGGCGUCCUCGCCGGCGUAACCGGCUCGCUCCGCGGCGUCGGGGGCAGCGUGGGGAGUGUCUCCCGGUUCCUUGGUGUCGGGGGAGCUGGCGGUAUACCUUUCAAAUGGUUUGCUGUUGGUGGCACCCCGUUCGGCGGGCUCGGAGGCGGGUACGGCGGCCGAGGCGCCGACGCCGUGACACCUUGA